AGACAUAUUGAGGAUGAUCAUUUGCAGUGAUCAACAUAUUGAGGAUGAUCAUUCUGCACCCGGAUGGGGCUACUAGACUACUCAAGCAUGUGGAUAAAAGUGAUGUGCUGAUAGAGAUGAUUAACAAUGUUACUUCAAGUCCUCCCCUUCCAGCAAAUCUUUUGACCAGUAUUCGUGCUGUUACUAACGUCUUCAAGAAUUCAUGCUACUAUCCAUGGUUGCAAAAGCAUCGCAGUGAGAUUCUUGAUGCAUUUUCAAGUUGUUGUUCAUCUCCAAAUAAGAAUGUGCAAGUGUCUUAUGCUAAUUUGAUCCUCAAUUAUUCUGUGCUAUUGAUUGGAAGUAAGGACCUAGAAGGCCAAUCCCAAGUUCACUCAGCAGCUCUUGAGAUUGCGGAAGCGGAAAACCUCGAAGUUGACUCAAAAUACCAGGCUUCAAAACCUCGCUGGUACUUACAAAUUUCACUGAACUUCUUGUUGUGCACUGUGAUUACUGCUUAGCAUAGUAAUUACCUCGUAACAGAAUAAUGUUGGGGUAGAAUAUGACCUAUCUGAGUUCACGUAGAAAAUAAUUGUUUCUCACAUGAUGUCCUCUUGAAUUCCUCGCUAUGUCAAGGUUGAACAUUAAAAACCUUCAAGUGCGACGCAUUUAGUUAUUUUGUUUG